AUGCUCGCGCUGCAGACGGACAGCAUGCGCUGCUUGCUGCUACUCGCUCUGCCGCUGGCCGCCGCUGUCCUGGCUCAAGCUCGGAAUCCCGUGCCCUCACACCAAGCAUACGACGCCAGGCAUCAAGACAUAAAGCCUGAGCAACCCUCUGAGCUCAUGAUCCAUCAAAUGCUGGGAGACACAGCUCUAUAUCGCUCCGUCACCCGCUCCGAAUGCCAUUCAUACAUUGCGGCUAGUCUCCCAAGCGCUUGUGGCACCAGCGAGGGGAAGUAUCUGGCAGAGAAAGAUAAGCGUGAUAUCGCUAUAUCGUUUACUGCGUGCUCGAUGCGUUCGGCCCUGCAACCGAUACCUUCAGAAUGCUCCAAGUGGUCGUUCGAAGAUGGCGUAGCGGGAUCAGUACCGACUGUCUACACGUUUUGGCGCUGGUCAGAAGUGGAGGAAGAUCAGCAACGUUCUUGUUUGAGCGCACUUCACCGCAGCCCUCAGGAUUGGACCAGCUAUAACGGGUUCUUGAGCGAUGCCUCUCAGCUGUGCCACGCCCUGCGAGGUGAGCACGACAACGAGCUUGUUCGUCAGCUCUAUGUGAACGCUACAUCGGGGCAGAUGUCUUUUUUGAGGAAGCUCGAUCUACAAAGCGAAGCUCGAAAGAAUAGAGACGCCAGAUUUGAGGGCGUAUUAGGCGAUCAACAGUCAAAACUCGAGCACACUGCAUCGGUGAUGCAUUCGGCCGCCGAAGCCGUGCAAUAUAGUCUGUUACAACACGAGCAUCUGUCAAAAUUGCUUCAUUCAAGCGUCUCCGACAUUCAAGUGGGCAAACGCGAUCUGCUGGAAAGCUUAGAGCUGGCUAUCCGUACCCAGACCGAGUCAACAACGUCUUUCGUCGAGACUUACCUUACACGUACUGAAAUCCAGCUCCGCGAUCAACUCUCGGGUCAACUUGAUGACAUUUUGAACAAGGCGAGAAGGCUGCUGGGUCUAUAUCAAAUCUGA